AGCUUCUCAGCCGCAGCUCAUAGCUAGCCUCUGCUAAUGCUGCUGCUGCUGGCUCUUGCUGAGGGGCUCAGUUUUUAGGUGUUUGCCGCUUUAAAGGGGACGUCCAGGCGUAAACCAGCCCUGUCUUCCCGUCCUCCUCCCCUGGUGACCUCACUGGCUCAGCCUGCAGCUCGGAUGAGAAGGGGAGAGGAAGGGAGAGAGAGUUUGGGAGCCCGGCAGCAGGCGCCGGAGUUCGGGGGGCACGCAUACACAGCACCGGGCGUUCUGUAACCAGAGGGCACAGCCACACGGGCUCCGGCACCCCCGUCCUCUCUGCAGCUUUGGAAAUCGGCCCCGGGCCGCGCGUUGUCGUCCUGCCCUCGGAGCUAUGGCCAGCAGCGGUAGCAGUAGUGCUGGCAGCAGCGCCCUAACCGGGCGUCUCCCGGGGCCCCGGGGUGCAAACCCACGUAAGGGCCGCAUCUUGGGCAUAAUCGAUGCCAUCCAGGACGCAGUGGGACCCCCAAAGCAGGCGGCGGCCGACAGGAGAACAGUGGAGAAGACCUGGAAACUGAUGGACAAAGUGGUAAGAUUAUGCCAAAGCCCAAAACUUCAGCUGAAGAACAGCCCUCCGUACAUACUUGAUAUUUUGCCUGACACAUAUCAACAUUUGAGACUUAUUUUAAGCAAGUAUGAUGACAACCAGAAGCUUGUGCAGCUGAGUGAGAAUGAAUAUUUUAAAAUCUAUAUUGACAGUCUAAUGAAGAAAUCAAAACGAGCAAUAAGACUCUUCAAGGAAGGGAAAGAGAGAAUGUAUGAAGAACAGUCACAGGAGAGGAGAAAUCUUACAAAGCUGUCCUUAAUAUUUAGCCAUAUGUUGGCAGAAAUUAAGGCAAUCUUUCCCAAUGGGCAGUUUCAGGGGGAUACCUUCCGUAUUACAAAGGCAGAUGCUGCAGAGUUCUGGAGAAAGUUUUUUGGAGAAAAAACCAUUGUGCCAUGGAAAGUAUUCAGACAGUGCCUUCAUGAAGUUCAUCAAAUCACAUCUGGCUUAGAGGCAAUGGCUUUAAAGUCCACCAUUGACUUGACUUGCAAUGAUUACAUUUCUGUUUUUGAGUAUGAUAUUUUUACUAGACUAUUUCAGCCCUGGAGCUCUAUAUUAAGGAACUGGAACUUUUUAGCGGUGACUCACCCUGGUUAUAUGGCAUUUUUAACAUAUGAUGAAGUCAAGGCUCGUUUGCAGAAGUACAGCACUAAACCAGGAAGUUACAUUUUUAGAUUAAGUUGCACAAGACUGGGACAAUGGGCUAUUGGCUAUGUGACUGGCGAUGGGAAUAUUCUGCAAACAAUACCUCACAACAAACCAUUGUUUCAAGCUCUGAUUGAUGGCAGUCGAGAAGGAUUCUAUUUAUUUCCUGAUGGACGAAGCUACAAUCCUGACUUGACGGGUCUGUGUGAGCCUACGCCGCAUGAUCACAUAAAAGUUACACAGGAACAAUAUGAACUGUACUGUGAAAUGGGCUCUACUUUUCAGCUGUGUAAAAUAUGUGCAGAGAACGAUAAAGAUGUGAAGAUUGAGCCAUGUGGACAUUUGAUGUGUACUUCAUGUCUAACAUCUUGGCAGGAAUCGGAUGGUCAAGGUUGUCCCUUCUGUCGUUGUGAGAUCAAGGGCACUGAACCGAUUAUAGUCGACCCUUUUGAUCCAAGUCACGAAGGCAGGGGCUGCAAUAUUCUAGAUAGUUUAGGAACACCAAUGCUGGACUUUGAUGAUGAAGAUGAGCGUGAAGAAUGCUUGAUAAUGAACAGGCUGGCCUCUGUGAGAAAGAUGAAUGAUAGACAGAAUUCUCCCGUGACAUCUCCUGGUUCCUCGCCCCUUUCACAAAGGAAAAAAACUCCCUCUGAUCCUCUGCAGAUCCCCCAUCUCAAUCUUCCACCUGUUCCUCCACGGCUGGAUCUUAUUCAGAAAGGAGUAGCUCGCUCGCCCUGUGCCAGUCCCACAGGGUCACCAAAGUCCUCUCCGUGUAUGGUCCGAAAACAAGAUAAACCUCUUCCUGCACCACCACCUCCAUUGAGAGAACCGCCUCCCCCACCAGAGAGACCACCUCCUAUUCCACCUGACAGCAGAACAUGUAGACAUUUACAUCAUGUGGAAAAUGUGCCUUGUAGGGACCAGCCUAUGUCCAUUGAAGCCUGGUGCCCAAGAGACAUUUCUGGUGCAUGUCGUGUUACAUUUGACAGCUCUCCUAAACUUGGGAAAACUGCAAAUUCAGUUUUAAAUGGAAGACAUAUGAGACAUUUGAGUUCUGAUGCCAGAUUUAUGUAUAAACAACAUAAACAUCAUGAAUUAUCGUCGGAAAGUGUAAGGGUUUUAUCAAAUGUUCUAAUGGAAGAAUAUGAUGUUCCUGUGCGACUCUCACCACCUCCUCCAUCCAUUUCUAUUACCCCUAGUAUGAAGUGUCCUUUACUGUUACAUUCAAUGUCUGAGAAAGUAAGAAAUUCUAUAGAAGAUGAUGAUUGUGAUUACAAUAUACCCUCCUCUCACCCUGUAUCUAUACGACCAUUGCUGCUUCACUGUCAUAAUGUAAAACCUUUUACAAGGCUGUGUGAGAAUGGGCCGUGUUUGACAAAUGGAACGCACACUGACGCAUCUGACAUGAAAAUGCUAAAGGCUUCAGAUCUUGGUGAUGAAUUAUUUGACACUUCCCCUCCUUCGCAACCCCCACCACCACCCCCAGUGCGUGCCUGCGCGACAGAGCAUAUAAAACCGACUGCAUCAGGAAGCAGACCGAAUUCAGGUGUGGACUUGUUUCUCCCUCCUAUUGACCAUUGUUUAGAAGCCCCUUUACCACCCACUCGAAGAGCAACAAGUGAUGUCAAACUAAAUAGACUUUCCCAAGAAUAUGAUCAUCUGCCGUCAUGCUCAGGUAUCUUGGAUUGUCCGCAAGCACCAGCCAGACCACCCAAACCCCUCCCCCGCAGAACUGCACCUGAGGUACAUCAUAGGAGACCAUACAGCGCUGAUUGUUCAGUAGAGAAUGUAGAUGCAAAAAUAGCGAAGUUAAUGGGUGAAGGAUUCUCCUUCGAAGAAGUUAAAAGGGCUUUGGAAAUCGCACAGAAUAAUGUAGACGUGGCACGAAGCAUACUAAGAGAAUUUGCAUGCUGCCCUCCGCCUAUCUGCCCACGUCUAAAUCUAUAACAAAAUGACAUCUUUAGGACUAUACUCUUGGAGCAAAUAGGACGAAUGAUUUUUAUUUAUCACUUUCAAUCAAAAACAGUCAUUCCGUUUUGUAUACACACAUGGCUUUGCUUACAGGCCUGAAUCCCAGCUUAUUCAGUUAUACGGUAACAUAAAGGUUGGAACAAAAAAUCAUUGUUAAUUUGGAAAACCUGGAAAAUAUAUCUCCUACAUAUAUACUGUAGAAAAAUAUCCCUUUCUAAGAUAAGCCUGUGAAAUACUUUUUUUUACCUUGUUUAAAUGCUGGUAAGGUUUUUUUUUUUUUUUUAUAUUAUUUUUCUACAGUAGUUUGCCUCAAUUGUGUUUUAAAUAUUGAACAUUUGUGUUGUAGAAGUUUAGCAGCACUUUCUGACCUCAUUGCAUUCUGGAAAAUGCUUUCUUUUUUUUUUCUUUUUUUCUUUUUCUUCUUUUUUUAUUCAAAAUGUUAAUUUAUCCAAAAAGUACUGCAAAAAAGUGGCCUUUACUACUGACCUACUGACAGUUAUUUUGUAUUGGGGAAAUUAUUUGAAUGUAAAAUUAAUACAAAUUAUUUGUGGGCCUUUACAAAAGUAUUUUGAUACUAUUGUUUAGCAAACUGUAUUUGAGUAUGGUAACUUUUAAUCUUCUAUGAUCUUAGAAGAAAAUGCAUAAAAGCAAAGGCUUACAAUAAAAAGCUGGAUCAUCCGCCUUUUGUACCGCAGUGUUUGAGAACAAUAAGUGUAUCAAAGUACAAAACAAUUUUAAAAUGCUUUCUAUAAUCUCUGCUGAGGUGCUGUAUGAUGCAUUAGAUAAACGAAUCAGUUACAAACCUAUAAAUCUUUUUGGAUUUAAAAUACAACUUACAUAUUUAUAGUUUUUCUAAUAGCAAAGGGGUACGUAUGAAAAGAAAAAGAAUGGAUGAGUUUUGUGACCACGCUACAGGAAGAAAUGAACUUCGGGUGAACCAUACAUUGCAAAAAACUAUUGGCCGCAACAUACGGAUUACUAUCUUUCAUAUGAUACAGUAUUGCUAUUUCACAGAUCCUUUUUUUAAGCAAUAUGUUUUUAUGAAAUAGUUCUUUCCAUAUUUUGUUACGCUGCUUCUGUAAACCUCGUUUAAAAGUUUAAAUAUUUCUUCCCAUUGCUGUCGUUUGAAAAUGUUUUAUAAGCCAUACUACUUGAACAGGUCAAAUUAAUUGUAAUAAAGCACCAAUGUUAAGUCCACAUACAAAUGCUGGGCAAUUCAUUUGAGACCAUUGACUCUUUGAAGCUUAGUAAUAUAGCUUCAAAAUGAACUAUUAGAAAAUGUGAGUCAACAUAAUAAAAUUAUCUUAAUUGUGUCUGUCAUUGGUUUUAUUUUUUUUAAAUCGUAAGUUAUUUACAUAAUAUGUGACUUUCUGUAAACUAAAAGGCAGAGCAGCUUUCUUACAGCAAAUCCGCCUUCUCCUCCAUAUGUAAAAUAAAUCUUUUGUUGGUUCUUAA